ACCUACCCACCAAGAGCUGGAAAAUCGAGCGAUACUUUUUCUUCCUCGAAGCUGGCUACGAUCAACAACAACUCGAGAAGCUCUCAUCCAUCACCAAUUCCGAUUCCGACUUCUCGACCAACAGCAAGAUGGGUCCCAAGGUUUCUACCAAGAAAGGCGGUGCCUCCAAGGCGCCUAAGGGUACUAAGCAAGCCAACGCUGCUGCUAAGGCUGCCCUCCGUGGUGACAACGGCAACAAGAAGCGCAAGGUUCGCACCUCGACCACCUUCCACCGACCCAAGACUCUCCAGCUCUCGCGUUCGCCCAAGUACCACCGCAAGUCGUUCCCUCACGAGCCCCGUCUGGACGAGCACAAGAUCAUCAUCCACCCCCUCAACACCGAGAGUGCCAUGAAGAAGAUCGAGGAGAACAACACCCUCGUCUUCAUCGUCGACCCCAAGGCCAACAAGGCUCAGAUCAAGCAGGCCCUUAAGAAGCUUUACGACAUUGACACUGUCAAGAUCAACACUCUUAUCCGACCCAACGGAUCCAAGAAGGCCUACGCUCGCCUUACCGCCGAUGUUGACGCUCUUGACAUUGCCGCCACCAAGCUUGCUCUCGUCUAAAUACGGAGUUGUGAAAAUGGAGGGUUGAUUUGCGCGGUGAUUUCGCUAGGGAUGGGCAAUUGCUACAGCGGGUAUUGCAGAUGAAUUGCACAGGAUGCGCAUCCCGAUUCGGCACGGACAUAUGCAUUAGGGUUGGCGUUGUUUUGCCCACGGUUAGGCUCAUGAGAUCAACGGAAAAGAAUUGAUUCCUUUAAUGAAUGAACA